AUGGAGAUGCCACGCCGGCGUAAUAAGCCCCUGCUCCUCUCAGCCAUCUCGCUGCUGGUGCUGGCAUGGCCGGCAUCGUGCGCCGACCCCGUGCUCCUCCCGGUGUCCAAAGACACGGUCACCUCCCUCUACACCAUCCCCGUCAGGGACGGCGCCAACCACGUCAUCUACCUGGCCGGCCCGCUCCUCUGGUCCACGUGCGCCGCCGACCACCUGCCGCCGAAGAUCUCCUGCCAUGACACGGCGUGCAAGCUCGCCAACGCCUACCGCGCGCCACGCUGCCACGAGGCGGCCCAGCUCUGCGCGAGCAAGACCCAGUGCACGGCGUACCCGUACAACCUCGUCACGGGGCGGUGCGCGGCGGCGAGCCUUGUCCACACCAGGCUCAUCGCCAACACCACCGACGGCAGGAACUCGCUGAGCCAGGUCUCCGUGCGCGCCGUGGCGGCGUGCACCCCGAGGACGCUCCUGCCGCGGCUGCCCGCGGGCGCCGCGGGCGUCGCGGGGCUCGCGGACGACGGCCUCGCCCUGCCCGCGCAGGUCGCGGCGUCGCAGCGCGUCGCCAACAGGUUCCUGCUCUGCCUCCCCAGGAGAGACAACCCCCUGUACUACAUCCCGGCGAGCGGCGUCACCGUCAACCAGGCACAGGUGCAGCUCCCGGCGCAUGCUCUGUCCACCGGCGGCGUCGUGCUAUGCACCAGGGUGCCGUACACCGCGAUCCGGCCGGACGUGUACCGCCCGGUUGUUCAGGCGUUCGACAGGGCCCUGGCGCGGAACGACGCCAAGGUCCCCGUGGUCGCGCCAUUCGAGCUCUGCUACCGGUCCAGCAUGCUGGGGAACACGCGCCUCGGCUACGCCGUGCCGGACAUUGCAUUGGUACUCGAGGACGGCAAGAGCUGGAUGUUUGUCAGCAGCUGCUCCAUGGUGGACGUGAACGGCCAGACGGCGUGCCUCGCGUUCGUCGAGAUGAAGGGGGUGAAGGCCGGGGACCUAGCCGUGGCAGCGGUGGUGGUCGGAGGCGUAUUGACAUAA